ACCACCGGCAGAAGCGGGCUCCGAAGAAGAUUACGACCAGCAGUACAAACUCUCGGGUGGUCACCACCAGCAGCAAGCAGCGACGGUUGAGAAGCCACCGGUUGGGAUAAAUCAGGAUCAACGGAGUGUUUAUUGAAGGAGGACAAGUAGUGCUCUGAACGCAAGUGGCGUGACCAAUCGAGUGGUGUGAAUCAGUGCAAAGAUUUUCCGUCGACAAAUCAGUUGAAAGAGUUCCUUCUUACGUUUUUUUUUUCUGCGUGGGAAAGUGCGAUAAUGAUAAGUGAACACGGGAAGGAAUUCGAAUCGGUUCGUGCUCUUCAAAUAGUAACCGCUGAGUAGGGUGUAAAAGUGACGAUUGUGAAAAACUGUGACCGGAAAUUAAAAUAUUUCACCGAGCCCGAGGGUUUCAUCAUCGAAACACAAGAUCCGAUAGGAGCAUCGGAAAGUCUACGCGGAGCGAAGCCGUGACAAAAGCUAUCCCACAUUUCUAGUUCCUAGGCACCAGACCCGCCGAGAGCAGCUUCAAAAUGCGCCCGAGUACAACUCCGCUGGUCAUCCUGAGCUACAGUGCCAUCGUCCUGUGCCUGGCGUGUGCAGCGUACGGUACUUCGAUUGGUUCCAGCUCGGGGUCAGAUCAAUCACUUUUCAGCAGUGGAGCCGGAGGAGGCGGUGGAAGUGUAGAAUCAGACGUCGGAGACGAUCGAGGACAGCGGGAGAUAUCGCAGUCGACUUUCCAACAUAUGCUAGCGGUGCGUUCACCCAAGUAUAACUUUGGUCUCGGCAAGCGAAGGUACAUCAUCGAGGACGUUCCCGGAGCGAAACGGUUGCCCCACUACAACUUUGGACUGGGAAAGCGAGCGAGUUUCAGAAAUAGCUUGUUCGACUACGACGAGGACAGCGUACCUAGUUGGAGUGAUGACUAUCCCUCAUUGAUAACGAAAGAUGGCUUGGACUACGACAGCGACAAGGAUAAAUCAUCAGCCGAGAAGCGUGCUUCUGCCUACCGGUACCACUUUGGCCUGGGCAAAAGGCGAGUGUACGACUUCGGACUGGGCAAGCGCGCGUACGAAGACAAACGACUCCCCAAUCGGUACAACUUUGGCCUCGGCAAACGUUAAUCCACGCAGAUAAUCCACAGACAGCACCCUAUCGACAGUCGCGUCGUCGUCGUCGUCGUCGUCGUACCAGAAUCCACUGGACCUUAUGAACAUUUGCGGAAUAUUCGGACCCCGGCCUAUUCUACGCGCAGCAAUGAAGCCGAUAAUCAACCACAUGAAGAUGAGUACAGACUGCAUAUACAACAACCAGAACAAACCACACAAAUAUCUAACUGCUACCACACCAUCAAGAGACAGACCAUCAUCCAUGAAGAAAAUAUGCCCCCAAAACAUUAAUCUAACCUAUUAUACAUUAUUGAUCCUUUUGACUUAGGUUUUCUCUUCAACGUCAACUGUAAGCUAAACGAAAAUGUGUAAACUAUACAACAACAAUAUUUUAAUCUAUUGUACCAUUGCAACUAACCAAAAGCAAACAUCGUUAAACAAACACAACAAAAAAGGAGACGUGUGCUAAUGUGCCAUACCAAAAAUCUAAAUAAAAGCUAAACCCAAUGUGUGUAAUAUAUUGUUAAGAGAGGAAAACAAAUAACUACGGCUUACUAAAUACAAAAGAAAUCAAUUGCCGAUUAUCUGUGAAUUUUACUGAUGGACAUGGAGAGCAUAAAUCAUUUGGGAAAGACGCGUUUAGUAAUAUUGUACAACGCCACAACGCUUUGGUCUAUUUGAUAUAUAUAGUAGAGAGCCCUACUGUAAAUAAAGAAUCCCUGAAUAAAAGCCAUUGAAACUUAA